ACCCGCCAGCGGCCUGCGCGCUGCCUCCUCCCCAGCGUCGGGGUGAGCAGGAUCCGGGCGCACACUGGAGCCCGCCCGGUCCCUGGCUCCCCCUCUCUGCCCCAAGACCCGAGGCUGCUGGUAGUUUGUUCGGGCUCUUGGCCCGCCGGCCCCAGAGACCACCCUGGAGAUCUUAAAGACCCUCGAGAAGAGCCACGUGGGGGGCUGGUUCCCCUGGGGCUUCCUGCCGUCCCCCGACAGCCUGAUCCUCUGGAGCGUCCCAGACUCCUGCAAGGAUGUGGACCUGGACGUGCUGGUGGAGGCCCUGAAGCCGGUGGGAACCUUUAAGAAGAUCGGCAAGGUGUUCCGCCGCGAGGAGGACUCCACCGUGGGGAUGCUGCAGAUCGGGGAGGAUGUGGACCACCUGCUCAUCCCCCGGGAGAUCCGGCUGGCCGGGGCCGUCUGGAGGGUCAUCUCCAAGCCGGCCACCAAGGAGGCGGAAUUCCGGGAGCGGCUGACCCAGUUCCUGGAGGAGGAGGGUCGCACCCUGGAGGACGUGGCGCGUCUCAUCGAGAAGAGCACCCCGCACCCACCGCAGCCCCCCAAAAGGCCCAAGGAGCCCGGAGGGAGGAGGCGCGUCCCGCAGAUGGCCACGCCGCCGCCGCGGCUGGUCGUGGGCACGUACGACAGCAGCAACGCCAGCGACAGCGACUUCAGCGACUUCGAGGCGUGCAGAGCCCAGGCCGCCAGGGGCGCGCGCCGCGGCCGGCGGGUGCGCAGGAUGCCGGUCAGCUACCUGGGCAGCAAGUUCCUGGGCAGCGACGUGGAGAGCGAGGAUGACGAGGAGCUGGUGGAGGCCUUCCUGCGGCGCGGGGAGAAGCAGCCCAGCGCGCCGCCUGCGCGCCGCCGCGUCGCCGUGCCCGUGCCCGUGGUGGAGGACAACCCGGGGCUGCCGCUGUCCAGGGCCGAGCGGUGGCGAGAGUACGUCGGCCGCGUGUCCUGGGGGAGGCUGAAGCAGAGGGUGAAGGGCUGGGCGCCCAGGGCCAGCCCCAGGCUGGGCGAGGCCAGGAGGGCCUCCACCGAGGGCGUGGAGCCAGAGCGCGCUGGUGGCGGCCGCGGCUGUGGGGAGGCGGGCAUCGCUGGAGGGGCGCCCAGGCCCAGGCGGUGGAGGCCCAAGAUCACCUGGGCCUCCUUCCGCACCCGUCGGAGGGCGGGGGCGGGCGUCCUGGCUGCCCAGAGGGCAGGGGCUGCAGAAAAUCAGAGGGCAGAGGCUUUAGAUAAUCAGAGGGCAGAGGCCGUAGCUGACCAGGGGGCUUUAGAUAACCAGAGGCCAGAGGCUGCAGCUGACCAAGGGGUGGCAGCUUUAGAUAAUCAGAGGGCAGAGGCCAGAGCUGACCAGGGGGCAGGGGCUUUAGAUAACCAGAGGGCAGAGGCCGCAGCUGACCAGGGGGCAGGAGCUUUAGAUAAUCAGAGGGCAGAGGCCGUAGCUGACCAGGGGGCAGGGGCUUUAGAUAAUCAGAGGGCAGAGGCUGCAGCUGACCAGGGGGCAGGAGCUUUAGAUAAUCAGAGGGCAGAGGCCAUAGCUGACCAGGGGGCAGGGGCUUUAGAUAACCAGAGGGCAGAGGCCUCAGCUGAUCCAGGGGAAGAAGGUGCAGAUAAUCGGAGGGCAGAGGCCUCAGCUAAUCCAAGGGCAGGGGCUGUAGGUAGUCAGAGGGCGGAGGCCUCAGCCAUCCAGGAAGCUGAAACUCCACCUGCCCUGCGAGCCACAGGGUCCGUGCCAGGAGCCAGGGCCCGCAAACCGGUCAAGACCGUGAGGUUCCAGACCCCUGGACGCUUCUCGUGGUUUCGCAAGCGCUGGAGAGCCUUCUGGAACAGCCCCCGGCUGCCGGCCCUGCCCAAGAGAAGCCCCAGGGCAGGGGAGGCCAGGAGCCUCCGGGUGCUGAGGGCAGGGGCCAGGGCCGAAGGGGGUCGGGGGGAGCGAGAGCAGGAAGCCCAGCUGUGAGGGGGCUCAGGUGGGCACCUCGGGGAGCCUGGCGGAGGAGAGCCCCCCCUCGCACCCGCCCUCCGCCCGCUGAGCCAGUUUCCUUUCUCGUGAAGGUUUUCUCUCAUGCAUUGGUUUAAAUAAAAAAAAAAAAAAAAAAAAAAAAACUGACUCCGUAUAGCAACCCAGAGAAUGCAAAGACCGUGGGGCUGCCUCGCCCACGUCGCGUGGGUCCUCAGAUGCAGUUCUAGGUGCCCAGCUGCGGACGGAGCGAAUUCGCUCCUUUCCCUGGUCUCCUCUCGCCUGUGUCACGUGGGCAGCCUCCUUGAACUUGAACCGAGGCUUCGAGCCAACAAGCAAAUAAAAAUGCU